AUGACUACUUCCAAGGAAACUUUCCUUUUCACUUCAGAAUCCGUUGGUGAAGGUCACCCAGAUAAGAUUUGUGACCAAGUCUCCGAUGCCAUUUUAGAUGCUUGUUUAGCUGUUGAUCCAUUGUCAAAAGUUGCUUGUGAAACUGCUGCCAAAACCGGUAUGAUUAUGGUUUUUGGUGAAAUUACCACUAAAGCUCAAUUGGAUUAUCAAAAAAUCAUUAGAGACACCAUUAAACACAUUGGUUACGACGAUUCUGAAAAAGGUUUUGAUUACAAGACUUGUAACGUCUUGGUUGCAAUUGAACAACAAUCUCCAGAUAUUGCUCAAGGUUUACAUUACGAAAAAGCUUUGGAAGAGUUGGGUGCUGGUGAUCAAGGUAUUAUGUUUGGUUAUGCCACCGAUGAAACCGAUGAAAAAUUGCCAUUGACCAUUUUAUUGGCCCACAAAUUGAAUGCUGCCUUGGCUUCUGCCAGAAGAUCAGGUUCCUUGCCAUGGUUGAGACCAGAUACCAAAACCCAAGUCACCAUCGAGUAUGAAAAAGACGGCGGUGCAGUUAUCCCAAAAAGAGUCGACACAAUUGUUAUUUCCACUCAACAUGCUGAAGAAAUCACCACCGAAAAUUUGAGAAAAGAAAUUAUUGAACAUGUCAUCAAAAAAGUCAUCCCAGAACAUUUAUUAGACGACAAAACUAUCUACCACAUUCAGCCAUCAGGCAGAUUCGUCAUUGGUGGUCCCCAAGGUGAUGCUGGUUUGACUGGUAGAAAGAUCAUUGUUGACACCUAUGGUGGUUGGGGCGCACAUGGUGGUGGUGCCUUCUCAGGCAAGGAUUUCUCCAAAGUUGAUAGGUCUGCUGCUUAUGCCGCUCGGUGGGUUGCCAAGUCGUUGGUGACCGCCGGAUUGGCCAAAAGGGCCUUGGUGCAGUUCUCCUAUGCUAUUGGGGUUGCUGAACCCACCAGCAUUUAUAUAGACACCUAUGGGACAUCUAAAUUGAGCACCGAAGCCCUUGUAGAAAUUAUCAAGAAUAAUUUUGACUUACGCCCUGGCGUAAUUGUAAAAGAAUUAGAUUUGGCUCGCCCUAUUUAUUUUAAAACUGCUUCUUACGGACAUUUUACUAACCAAGAAAAUUCUUGGGAACAACCAAAAAAAUUAAAAUUUUAG